CGAAUGCAGCUCUGCUGCAACGGUGCGUCCAGGCAGUCUCGCAGUCCGUCCUUAACGGUCGAACGGUUCGCGCUAGAUUUCGAGCAGAUUUUCUUUUGCCGGUGUUCGCCGUUGUUAGGAAGAAGCAAAAAACGAAAAGAACAUGGUACGGGUGGUUACGAGCCACGUUCUGUGGUCUGUUGGAAUCCUGCUACUGGUCAGUGGAUUUGUCUGUGUACGUUGUGAAAUGGAAAAAUCGUGGAAAGUGAAAAGCAGUCCGAGCAGUAGCGCUGAUGAAAAUAUUUUGACAAGUGGCCCGAUACAGUCGAAAUUGGAUGAUGAAUCGGUCAGACUGGAUGAAGAAGUACAACCGAACGAAGAAGACAGUAAACAAAAUCUAAUAGAAUCAGAAGCAGAUAAUGUGGAACAUGAAUUAUCCACGGCUUCAACGACUACUGCUCGAACGACCAGUGGUCAACAAAAGCCAAGGCUACGAAGUACGUACGUGGGUGAUAAAAUUCCAUCGAUUUUACAUUUGGUUCGAGAAAGUGCCAAGGCAGCUCCCUUUAUUGAAGAUCACGAACCGGACAUUCAAAUUGAUGAUUUCUCUGCAGACGAGGCUGAUGAGGAAGAGGUCGAUUCUCGGUUAGAUGAAGGUUCCUCAACGAAUGAGUCAAAUAAGGAAAGUUAUUCCGAAGGUAUCGAAAUGAUUGAAAAUAUUUUGGAGGAAGUGAAAAGCAUUUCCGAUGGUGAAAAGCCGUCGGAGAAGGAAGAACAGCCGAAUGUGGCAAAUCCGGAGGAAACUAAAGAAUACGAUUUUGGCCCAGUACUCAACAUGACCAUCGAUGAGCCGAACAAUAUCGUCAACGUUAAGCUGAACGGAAAAGUUAUCAAAGAGAUAUUCACGGGUCGUGGAAGUGGUUUCGGAGCAGGCUCGAAGAAGAUCUGGAAGUACGCCAUGCCUCUGUUCGUUCUACCGUUUCUGAUUCAGUCGGCCAUCAUACCGUUUAUGCUGACGACGGUGAAGUUGUUUCUGCUGAAAUCGUUCCUAGCGGGAAAGCUGGCCAUCUUCCUACUGAUCCUGGGGGCAUUCAAAAACUUUACCCAUAAGAAGGAAAAGGAACUGUACGUGAAAGAUCUGCCCGAACGACGGUACGAACCGUACAGCGGAGAGUGGCCAUAUCCGUACCACUCGGAUGGCCUGGCCGGUCGGGUCAACUGAGCGCAUUGUACUGGGGGAUGUGCUGGUGGUGGUAUUGAAGGGCUACAGCGGGUGUCAUACUGAUGCUGGCAGGACGAUCCAAAUACAUUUCGUUUUAAGAAUUUGAUGUUUGUUGUAGUUGUAAGUAACUUAUUUAAUUAUUUAUUGUGUGAAUGCUAUUGAAAUGUUAUUAAAUUGUGAAUUUAGUCGUAACAGCAGAGGGGUGUACUAUUAUGUUAAAAAAUCCAACUAUAUCGAAUAAAGAUAUUGACUCAUUUCUACCGAUCGACAUGGUGUUGCCAACCCAAUUGUACGAAAUCUUAAUCAGUUAAUUACACAGAGUAAAAACUAA